AAUUGAGUAGGCCUCCUAGUGUAAUUUGGGGUGUGAUUCUGGGGCAGAAAGUGCUUCUUGUAAGUGCCUCAGGCGAGUCAGACCAGCAAUGGCGCCAUUUUCUGUUUUCUGGAAAAAAACGAAUAUCAAAUAACAGAACCAACAGCAACAGGCUCUUUGUGCCUUAAUUGCUUUAUAUUCUCUCCUCUCUCUCUCUCUCUCUCUCUCUCUCUGUUUUCUUCUUUCUUGUUUUCGAUCGAUAAAUCAUUUUCUAGAGGUCUCCGUCCGCCUCUCCCUAAAGACUAAAAACCUCACCUACUUUUCUAUUACUCUCUACAGAUUUGUUAACAAUGUCUAAAAUCUUUGACGAUUUCCAGCCAAUAUUUGGUAAACUAAACGCUGAAUGGGAAAACCCUUCUAGUUCUCUCCCUUCACUUGAGUUACCCUUUCUUUUUCAUAUCCAUGCUCUUAAUUCUUCCACUCUUAGAAUCCAUCUCACUGAUUUUCAUUCUUACACUUGGGAGUCCACCAAAUCCAUUCGACAGCUUGAAGACCUGAGAGAUGAUGUUGGCAUAGGUGGUUCAUUGUCUGAGUUUGUAGAUUAUCUCAUCACAUCACUCAAGUCUGAUAAUGUUAAGCUUGUUCUUGGAGGCUAUGCCACGUCUUCUAGAUCUGAAGCUGAUCAUGGUGCCACUGUUGCCAAGUUGAUUGCUCACAAGUCCAAGGGGAUGCCACUUGUUACUAUAUCUUUAGUCAGGCUCAUGAAGUCAUCUGACAAUGAUGCUAUGGCAAAUCUAUGUUUGGAGCUCUAUGAAGCAUUCAAAAGAAAUCAUCAAUUAGUUGUACGAGAACAAGAGAGCUCCUAUCAGUUGACGAGAAGGUUAUCUGCAGAAAAGGAGAAAAAUGAUAGUAUUCAGGCCCAACUUGACCUCGCUUUGUUCUCCAAACACAAGAAGUUACGGGAAUCAACAGUAUCAGAUAAAGCAUUGCCAAUGGCUAUUCCUAUAAGCAACUUCAACGCAUCACCGGUUACAGUGGCACUUGGUUCACCGUUGAACAAGCUGGCAGAAGAUAAAACCCCCUCAAAAGUCAGUCAGCGGGUUGUGCCUGCUUACCACAGGUCGAAAGCAAGAGGAGUUGUCUUAGUUGAUUCAGACGAUGAGAAUGGUAAUUAGGAAUUGGGAUUUCUCACACUCGGCUUCAUCUCUUAGAGUUAUUAAUGGAACAAGACAAGUAAUGAAAGAAAGGUAUAGUCUUACUACUCGAUUCGAAAGUAAAUCUAGAGACAAUAGGAAUAGCUAUUUAGUUUUACCCAUGAAUGUAAUCAAGGAUCCAAAACUUGGAUUACAAGGAGCGUACACAUAUGUUCAUUUUGCAGUUUUCUAUUGCUGUCAUCUGCAGAUUUUACUGAAAAUGUGCGUAUUAUGCUAACAGCUUUUUGUGAAGAGCAGAGGCUACUGUAAAAACUAGAAACACAAACAUUUGACGAAUUAACCUCUGGUACUUCAAGGCCUAUCCAUCUUUAGAUUCUGUCA